AUGAUUUCCUUAAUCUUAUACAUGUUUCUAUUUUAUACUGCGACAGCUGAGCGUAAUUUAAAAGUAGUUAAGUAUGAGAACUCGGUGGACUCCAUUGUCAGGGACCUCAUCGACAACUGGCAGUCGCCGCUUGUCUACCUGAAAAGCCGCGGCUACCUGCCGAAAGAUGCACCCGAAAUGGAUUUCCAGCAGCUGCAGGGGAAUUCGGUGCCCGAAUUGCCGUUAAAGGACUUGAUUGAGCUCAACAAGGAUUCCAAGCGGGAGGCGGAAACCAAAAGCCAGGGAAAUCCCAUGGAACAGAUGGACCCGCGAGCAGUGCGAUCUCUGCAAGAUCCGAAGGAUCUCGAGCUCAAGAGGAUGUUCCAAACGCUGUUCUCUUCCAGCGACAAGACGGCCUCCGAGGAGAUCCAAUCCAAGCUGGGCGUGUCCUGGGACAUGAACGCUUUGAAGUCAUCUGCCCGUCUGGGGGCCAAGAAAUAUCUCGAGAGGUUCAACAGCAAGCGAAAUCGAGGAUUAACUGAAUCUCUGGAUGGCUCACUUACGAACGAGGCAUCUCUGAACUUCUCCUCACUGAUACCGCACAUCUUGGAGAAGAAGAGCAACGAUUCUAUGGCGAAGUCCCCUGUCAAUAAACCAACCUUCCUGAAGGGCGUGGCCAGGAUUCUGAGCAACCCAGAGAUAAGGUACAGGGACUGGGACUCCAAGCCUGCCCAGGAAAUCCCACCGAAAGCCGCGGGCACAUAGUUCUCAAACUCAUUGUGGAU